AUGGUUAGAUUCCGACGCAGAUACUCGGCCCGACGUGCGAAGAAACCGAUCGAGCGCGUGACCAAUUUCGCCGGCACCAGGUUUUACGGGGCCUGCGACUACUUCACGAUCAGUGAGGAGGGGUUGGAUGCGUACGUGCGAACCAAGUUCGUGCACUGCAUCUACAUGCCUUGUGUGCCGAAGGGAAGUUUCCUGUUCGUGUCAGACGGGCGAGCUAUCAAACUUCCCAAGCGAGUGCGCAGGUCCGUGCGGUGGGCGUGGCUUCGGGCCGUGGCCUGGGUCUGUACGAUAGUCGCCAUCAUAGGAGUUGUUGUCGGAGUCCUACCUAUAGAGGUACGGCGUGGAGGACCAGUAGCCAAGGCGUCGUGGCCGUGGGCGCUGGUCGGCCUGUCUGCAGUGUUUCUGGUCCUCGCCAUUUGCGUCACGUUCUACAAACCGAAGGCCAGCGAGCAAAGCCAGCAGGAAUACCGGGAAUAUCUGCUUCAUCGUGACGAUGAUGAUGACGGUCGCGAGGAGGUGGCUGAUGCGGCCGAGGUUCACGCUGGCCCAGCCGACGAGGUCGUCACCAUUGAGCCCCACCCGCACUGCCCGGGUCCGCGCAAGGACAAUGCCAAUGUCCCAAUGACUGGUAGUCCUACUAGCAUCCCAACACCUGGGAACGCCUCUAGCACAAGCAUUGCAACUGGGUACCCCAACGGUACAACCAUCAGCACUGACCCCAUGGCCUUACUACUGGAAUCCUUACGACUGGAAACCCCGGUAACCCUUACAACUGGAAACCCUAGUAGUACAACCCUUACCAUUGGAAACCCCAGUAGUACAACCCUUACGAAUGGGAACCCCAGUAGUACAAGCAUUAUCACUGCAAACCCCAGUAGUACAACCGUUUCAACUGGGAACCCCAGUGGUCCAAGCCUGACAACCGUGUAUCCCAAUGCUACAUUUGUUGCCAAUGGGUACCCCAUGGCCAAUGAUACAGUCUUUACCGACUGGAACCCCAGUGGCACAAUGCUUACCACUUGGAACCCCAUUGAUACUACUAGCCCUACAACCGUGCACUCCAAUGGUAGAGGCCUGACUGAGGACACCGAUAGUACUGGGUGUCCCGAUGGCAACCCUACCUCUGAUAAUCCUAAUUCCAUGCAAGAUUAUGGCCACUAAAAUUACAAAUUAGUAAAAAUCAAAAGAAAAUCGUACAGGGGCAGCGAUGCAGGUAUUUUGUAUUGUUCAAGUUGGCAGAAUGACCUGAACUGAACUGAACAAGCAGGCCACUACUACCCACCCCCACCCCCUGACGCAAACUCUGCUUUGAGAAUAGAUAUUUUUGACAUGUACAGCAACAUAAUGAGGGUAUUUUGUAGGCUUAGCUUUACUUACAUGCAACAAGAUAGUUAUUUCGUUUUCGAGAAGAUACCAAGGAAUAAUCGUUUGAAACUAUCUAAUCAUAAUCUUCCAGCGAUUUAUAUAAUCUAUACAUAGUCUAUAUAAUCAUGUUUAUGCUACCCUCGUCUUUGAUGUGUUUUAGUACGGCCGGAGAUGUGAGUUUUGUUCUUUGAUGCAUUUGAAUGUGAGGUCUUUUUUCCUAAUUCUAGGUACGUUGUAUUGUUGUAUAAUACUAGUAGUGCCACGUGCACGCAUUUCUGUUCGUAGGGAAAUUAAUAUGGCGAUGGAGUAUUGGAUGUACAUGUAUAUAAAGCUUGCUAUUGGCAUUCGUACAUUAAUAUAUUUCUUUUACAACUAAAACCCCAGAGUAACUUGAUUGAUUAAAAAGACUAGGUUUGGAGGUUUAGAACAUGACAUGUAAUUUGUAUCAAAUGAAAAUGUAAACACGGUGAUAAACUAAUAAACAUCUCUAAUCUACCAUA